GGAGCCGCCCGCUGCUCGCCACAAACCAUCCCUUCCCCACCUCCUAUACUCCCCUCCCCAUGCCCUGCUGAAUAUCCUGCCGCCCCUGCUGAGCCUCGCCACCCUACCCACCACGCCCGCACACCACGCCCACAUCAGGUUGCCAUGGACAGCUCGACUAGUGAGACUGAGGUGGUGAAUGGAAAACUUGAGAAAGUGCUUGUGGUGAAGGAAGAAGAGGAAGAGAGAACUGACAAAGUGAGGAAUGGCAAGCUGAUAAAGAACGGAGAGGAAGAGAAGGGCGAGGUGAAGGACAACGAGGAUGCAUCGGUGGAGAAAAAUGAUGAUGAUGGUAGUAAUGAUAACGAAGAAGAGGGGUGAAGGGCAACCAAGAAGAGGGCAACAAAGAGGAAGAGAAUGGUCAUGAUGAGGAAAACGAUGAUGAUGAUGACGAUGAUGAAGAAGAAGAGGAGACGGUGAUGGACAACCAAGAAGAGGACGAGGAAGACGAAGAGGAGGAGAAUUUAAAGGAGCUGGUGCUUGAUCUUGUGUUUCUUCGAGACCACUUCCUUCCGGGCGCUGAGGGGGAAGUACCGCUGGCGUCGUAUGUGAAAGGAUAUGUAGAGCUGAACAAGUUUAUCAAGAUGCUGGGAUUGGCCUACCACUUUGUUGCCUACGACGUAAAGAUGAAGUUGGCGACGUUACAGAAGAAGAUGGCGGGAGCGAACGGUCAGUAUUACAUGGACAUGAAGACAAUGAUUAAGUAUGAGACGGAGAAUGACCUUAUCGAGCAUCAGAAAUCCAUGUCUGGCACCGAAGCGCUCCUCAUGUUGCACCGUGGCCUAGAGUUUGCACGUGACUUCAUGCUGGAGUUAUUGAAGGACGAGGAGUCAGAGCUGGGUGAAGUGGCCUCCAGGAUUUACUUGUCCACUACGGGAAAGUACCACCCGCCCCUACUGAGGACACCCUUCUCUCUCGUACUGAAGCUGCUCCCCUGCCGAUCUAAAAUUAGGAGAAAGGUAGCAAAGGAGAAUGAGGAGGUGGAGGAGACCCUGAAGAAACUGCUACCUGAAGCCAUUAGUUCAGUGACAGAGACUUACAACGCGUGUCAGAAGAUGUUUAAAGACCACGACCUGCUCACCUUUAAAUGAAAGACCCUCUCUGCUGGGACCUGCUGGGGAAGGAAGUAUAAAAAUGAGGAAUUGAAUAUAAGGAACCAGGGCUGUGACAUUCUGAAGGAGUAGAAGAAGGAAGAGGAAGAUUUGUAAAGAUGACCAAAAUAGAUCUGUGUUAAAAGAGAUAAUUAGCCAAAUGGGAGGGAAAUAAAAUAAAAUUAGGAAAUAUAAGAAGGUAGAGGGGAAAUUGUGUUUGGUUAAGAUAAUAUGCUGAUAAGAGAUGGAAGAUAAUGGAUAAGUGAUAAAUUGUUAAAUAGAAAAGAAGAGAAUUUGCCAGAUGGAAAGGAAUAUAGAAGAAAGUAAGGAAAUAUAUAGGAAGUUAAAGGGGAAAAUAAGCUGAGUUAAGAUAUUAUGCUAAUAACAAAUGAAAGAUAAUGGAUAACAUAGAUUGUGGUAGAGAGAAAGGAAGAGAGUUUGCCAGAUGAAAGGGAGAUAAAAGAAAAUUUAGAAAUAUAAGAAGGAAGAGGAGAAAUUGAGUUGGUUUAAGAUAAUAUGCUAAUGACAUGAAAGAUAAUGGAUAACUGAGAGAUUGUGUUAGAGAGAAAGGAAGAUAGUUUACUAGAUGGAAGGAAAUAAUAAUAGAAAAUUCAGAAAUACAAGAAGAAAGAGGAGAAAUUGAGUUGGGUGAAGAUAUGUUAAUGAUAAAUGGAAGAUAAGAUAUGAUAUAUUUACAUGUUCAAAAUGAUCUGUGAAUUAUGGUAAAUAUUAAUGAUGUCACUGUUGUAGAUGGUAUUUGUACUCAUAAUUGUAAAUGUACGGAAUUUAUAUGAUAUCUAUUUUUUGUAUGAGAGAGAGAGAGAUAGAUGCCUGUGUGUGUGUGACUGUGUGUCUUCAAUCAAGCGUGAAGUAUUCUCAAAGAUGCCACUUAUUAAUCUACUUUUUAAGCCUGAAUUACACUGAACAGUAUGGAUAGUAGCAUAUAUGGUUUACUAUUCACUCAACUGGUACCUGGUUUUGUAAUGUACUGUAAUGAUUAGUUCCUAAUCUGGUUUGGGUCGCCAUGAAUAAAUCUUGCCAUUUUA